AUGUCGCAGGCAAUGUCAGGUAACACGACACAGCGGCUUAUUCGUGAGCUGAAGGGGUACCACUCCACCCCGAAUGAGGCACUGUUGCACCUCGGCCCUGUCGAUGAGGACCUACUACGUUGGGAGGCGGUGUUGAAGGGCGUAGAUGGAACACCGUACGAGGGCAAGUCUACUCAGUCCAGCCACUUUUACAGCGGACUCUGGCACCUUCGCAUCGCCAUUCCUCCAAACUAUCCUCUUGCGCCGCCGGCUAUCCACUUUACGACCCGUAUCUCGCACCCGAAUAUCUCCUUCACGACAGGCGAGAUCUGUCUCACGCUUCUGACCACCGAGCAUUGGAGCCCAGUCUAUACCCUAUCGAGUACACUCACGGCUGUCCAGCAGCUAUUGACAGAUCCGCAACCUGAUUCGCCUCUGAAUGUUGAUGUUGCGGCUCUGCUGCGUGACGGGGAUCUCGCCGCCUGGGAGAGUGUGGUGCGGUACUGGACGGGCGAGGAACGGUGGAAGGGCGCCGGCAAUGUUGGACGAUAA